AAACAACUCGAUUACCAAAUCUACAACUUGUAAGCUUUGAUGUUGAUACCACAUCCACCUCCCAACUUGGCCUAUAAAAAAGGACACCCUCCCAAAUCCUUGUGCCCCUCCUUAACAGAACCCUACUGUUAGUCUCUGCAUUCGCAUACCAUUAACCUCAAAAAACCAAAACAAAUCAAAUCAAUAAGAAUGGAGAUUUCCCCAUUUCAUCCUUAUUCUUGGGACAUUCUUUACAAUCCAUACAUGUUCUUACCAUACUUCCAUAAGCCUGAAAACUAUGUACACUGGAGAGAAACUCCUGAUUCUCAUGUCUACUCUGCUGACCUUCCAGGGGUGAGGAAAGAAGACAUUAAGGUGGAACUAGAGGACUUAAAGUACCUAAUAAUACGAACCGAGGCCAGUGAUGACACCGUUGAUCCUCCGAGGAGGUUCAUGAAAAAGUUCCGGCUUCCGGGAAGAGUUGAUCUUGAUGGAAUAUCAGCUGGGUAUGAGGAUGGUGUUCUUACAGUAACUGUGCCUAGGAGAGGUUUUUUCAUUGAUCCUGCUGUUUUAGUUAAUAGACUAGAAAUUACUGCAAGGGCUGCUUAAAUUAUUUAUUAUGUAGCAUUUCGCAUUUGAUAUUUGGUUUCUCUACAAAUGAAUGUGUUAGUUUAAUUGUUUCGAUAUGUUGAAUUUAAGCAAUUGUUCUACAAAAUUCCAUGGCUUUUUGAUACCGUUCUAUACUUGGGAGAUGUUAAAAACUACCCUGGGUUCUUCAGCCGAAAUAUAAUAGGUCAUUUCUUAAUAAAA